AUGAAGCUCGUAGACGCCCGGGCAGUUCGAGACGUCCUAGUCGACAACAUAGACGAGCACGUUUCGCAGUUCAUCUUAUUCAACCUGCAAAAUCCAAGCGUAUUCACCACACAUGGCACCCUGCUCUCUCACCCCCCUUCAGUCUUGAAGCGCGACCUCAUCAAGUUCGCACCCUUCGCGGGAACAGUAUGGCGAAAUCACAAUGCGCAGAUCGCCACCACAGGUACGACAAGUAUAGAGAGUGGAGGUAUGAGGGAGAUGAGGACUCUCGGUCUUAGACUAGACUCUGAUAGUAAGGCGCUUGUGGAGUUGACGGUAGAAAUGGAGGGUUGGGUAGCUGUUGUUAGAAGUGUAGUGGGGAAACUGUUGGUCGCUGCGAGGCUAGAGAGCAGUAAAUUUGAGGAUGUUGCGGCACUCCUUGAUAGCGAUGUCGAUGGGGAUUUGAAAGGGACAGAAUCUGGGGAUGACGAAUCUGUGCAGAGUGGUGAGGACCAAUCUAGUGAUGUUGCUGAUGCGAGGUCACAAGACAGGUCGCUUGUGAAUGGAGAGGAGGAAAGUGAGAAAGAGGAAACCGGCAGGAGACCCAGCAAGAUGAGGAUCUUGGAGUUAAAAGCCGAGGGAAUGGCUGAGUUUUUAGCGGGAGAGUAUCCAGCAAAGCUGUCAUAUGAUUUUUAUUAA